UUCGCGUUUUACAUAUCGAUUAAUUUGGCUUUAAAUAAAAAACUAAACUUUCAAUUUAUGUACAUGAAGGUAUAUUUAAGGUAAUUUGCUAAUUUGAGCAACUUUUAACUAGCAAGUACACAAAAUAAAUACAAUAAUAGUCACAAGAAUUUAUUCUGAUAGCUCAUAAUAUAUUUUAAGUCAAUCUUCUUGUUUUAUUAGUACAUAUUUUAAGUGUAUUUAGUUCAGCUAUGUUUUAGAGAGAUAGUUGUAAUAAAACUUUUUUUAAAACUUACUGCAACAUAUUGUAAAGUUAAAGCAAGAGUGAUGAGUAGGUGGUCUGAUUUUUUAAAAUGUAUAUCACAAUUAUACUAGAGUUUUAAUCAUUAAUGCUGGAAAGAAGUUCUUAGUAGUGGUUGAGAAGUAUCUGAGGCGUAAAUCUCGGAUAAAGGAUAUCGACAUUUUUUUUUAGUUAUCGGCUAAUGUUUCCCUUAUCUUUUAUGAUGGGCAUGACUAUAACGCACAACGACACACUCCUUACGAUUAGAAGAAGGUCUCUUGCACCAUUAAAACUCGUGCAAAUUUCGAUAUCGAAAUUGCUGAUAAGCGGAUCUAGCGAUAAGGACAUUGAGGAAGCAAUACAACUAUCCAUACAAGGUUUAAUGUCGGUACGAUCCGUUCUGGGGGAUUCCAACCAGCCGAUGUUGAACACUAUUACAUAUCAACUUCACCAUCACAAAUAUGACACUGUUUGCUACUCACAUAAGAGGUGUAGGGUAGAUGAGAGCUCAUGGUGGCACACUACUACUCUCUGCCCAUCUGAGUAUAUUUAG